CAGACUGACAGAGGUGUUGACUAAUAGUUGUGAUCAGGGGACUGAAGAGGUAACACAGAGAUGGAGACCAAAAUGAAAAAAAGAGAACAGUGGACAAGAAAAAGGGAAUUUAUUCUGGCAGCAGCAGGCAAUGUGGUGGGACUGGGCAAUGUGUGGGGAUUCCCCUACCUGUGCUACAAGAACGGAGGAGGUGUCUUCCUGCUGCCUUACUGCUUCUUUGCCAUGUUGUGUGGUGUGCCGCUCUUCCUGCUUGAGACUGUGAUUGGUCAGUACACACAGGAGGGCGCCAUCACCUGCUGGACCAAGCUCUGCCCACUGGCAAAGGGGACCGGCUAUUCUAUCAUGGUGAUCCAGCUUUAUUCCAGAUUCUACAGCAUCAUCCUUGCCUGGGCGCUCCUGUACCUCAUCUACUGUUUCAGAGACCCUCUGCCCUGGGCCACCUGCAACAACCCCUGGAACACAGACAGAUGUGUGGACCUCACCUCCCCAAACUGGACUGCAGUACACAGUGGUAACCUUACAGCAAACUGGACAUCUGGAAAUCUCACCAAGUCUUCAGUCUCUGAGUUCUGGGAGAAAGGAGUGUUGUCCAUGUCUGGGGGAAUAGAGGAGGUUGGUGCAGUACAGUGGAAGCUACUGCUGUGUCUCCUGGCCUGCUGGGUGGCCUGCUACUUCUGUGUCUGGAAAGGGGUCCGUUCCACAGGAAAGGUGGUGUAUUUCACGGCUGUGUUCCCUUAUGUGAUGCUGGCCAUCCUGCUGGUGCGGGGGUUUACGCUGCCAGGAGCCUGGCAGGGUGUGGUCUAUUACCUGUAUCCAGAUCCGUCUCGCCUGGCAGACUUUCAGGUGUGGAUGGAGGCUUGUGCUCAGGUUCUCUUCUCCUAUGGUGUUGCAUCAGGAACCUUAAUCACACUGGGCAGCUACAACAAAGUAAACAACAACUGUUACAAGGACAGUUUGUGGUUGUGUUUGCUCAAUAGUGGCACCAGCUUUGUUUCUGGCUUCGCAGUCUUCUCAGCUCUGGGCUUCAUGGCCCACCAACAGGGAAUUCCCAUCAACAUGGUGGUUGAUUCAGGCCCUGGGCUGGCAUUCAUUGCGUUUCCUCAGGCUGUAUCUAUGAUGCCCCUGCCUCAGCUGUGGGCUGCCUGCUUCUUCCUUAUGCUCAUCCUGCUGGGACUGGACACACUGUGGUUGGGUCUCGAAACGUUACUGACCCUAAAAACUGACGUGGACCCUCUCCAUACAUUAACCUGCUGGUCAAUGCAACUGGUCUAA